AUGCCGUCGCAUUCUCGGUCCAAGACGGUCGACGUCGUCGGGCAAGGCAAACGCCUGUCCCUGCAGUUCCCCAUCCAGCCAAGUACGGGCAUCAGUUCACCAACCUCCUCGACACGGUCGCGCCCGCAAUCAUGGAUGAACGGGGCAACGUCUGUUCAUUCGCCCGAACCCGAGGAUUCCGCCUCCGAGACGAAUAUUCUGGCGGUUCUGGCUGCUCAAGAGCGCUAUGUGCUCGAACUCAAGGAGGAGCUCACCAAAGCGGAGGCUGACCUGAACACGCUCAAGACGCACUGGACCCAGCACGAAGCGAACAAGCGUCGCAAUGAGGUGCGCAAGGUUGCCGCGCUGCAGCCUUUGAAUACGUCGCUCGCCAAUGCUCCACCGGGCCAAUACGAAGACGAUGGUUCGAAUUCGUGGAUGCAGAAAGAGAUGGAGCGCAGGAAGAACCUGCUCAGCAGCACCAAAACUUCCCAACGGAAAGUCUUCAGCGGCUCGCGACAUCUACGAACGCUAUCCCUACUCUCUCCCGACCGCCUCCAGUCGCCAUCCUUCCCCCAGCCACUCGAGCUACACGAUGACCCCGCUUCCAACUCCCGACCGCAGCUCCCUGCACGGGCUUCUACUUCGUCAGAUAUCACACGACAGAUCGUCAAUGCCGGUGAGCACGACCGGUAUGACAUGGGCGGUAUGCCGACCAUACAACGUGAGCAGCUCAUUCGGGCUGGCACUCAGAUGGCGCAGGAUUUCAAGAAAGGGCUAUUCACAUUCAUGGAGGAUAUCCGACAAGCCACGGUGGGCGAUGAAGCCGUCAACACGGCGGACGGCAAUACUGGAAUACCAGGUGUCAAGAACCCCUCUAAAUCUGGCCGCAAACCGUCCGAGGGUCGCCCCGCCCUUAGUCGGUCCGCCAGCUCGAAGAAGACCACACAGCAACUAGGCUCCACUGGCGACGACUUCUGGAAGGAGAUGGGCUUGGGUGAGCCCAAGACCACUGCAGCCACCAAGAAGACGCACGCACUCAAGAACACAACCCCGCAAAAGCAGAUCCGCAAAGUUGCAUCCGAAGAAGACUGGGAUAACUGGGACACCCCCAACGAGUCACUUCUGGUCGACUUAGGAGACUCCAAGGACAGCUCAGAUGAAUCGGAUGCGCAGACCUCGCCGGUAUCCGGCCCAGGCAGCUCUCGAACUAGCACCAGCACCAGAUACCACUCGAAGCGUCAUGACUCCAAGGCAUCGUCGCUCACCUCCAUCAACCAAGAAGACCUCACACCACGAGACUCAAAGCGCAGCUCUAUCCCGUGGCCUGAUAUGACCAAGGUGUCACCCAGCAACUUGAAGCGUACCGCAUCACAUCUAAUGAAAGAGUGGGAGAAGCAACUCACCCCGCCCCCGGAAUCGAGGAGUGAAGAUUACUCGCAUGGCGAUUUUAUGAACUGA